AUGUUUCCUCUCGCCAGGCGGGCAGUCGCUGCCCCCCAUGCGUUCAAACGCACGCAGAGACGAUGGCUAGCCGCCGUCGUCAAUGGCGUGCGCAUACCUCAAACGGCUAUUGAGAAGAUCGUGCAAAAGUAUGCUGUGGGUCUGAGUGAAGGGAAGGUGGUGAAAGCAGGGGACUAUGUCAUGAUUCAGCCCGAGCAUGUUAUGACCCAUGAUAAUACGGGUCCGGUUAUAUCAAAAUUCAAGUCAAUCGGUGCUACGAGGAUACACAAUCCCCAGCAACCGGUGUUCACGCUUGACCACGACGUACAGAAUAAGUCGUCGAAGAACCUGGCGAAGUACUCGUCCAUUGAGCAGUUCGCGCGGGUACACGGGGUGGAUUUCUACCCGGCAGGGCGGGGAAUCGGGCAUCAAGUACUCAUAGAAGAGGGGUACGCGUUUCCGAAUACGCUGACCGUGGCCAGUGACAGCCACAGCAAUAUGUACGGCGCGGUCGGCUGUGUGGGCACACCGAUCGUGCGGACGGACGCGGCGGCGCUGUGGGCGACGGGGAAGACGUGGUGGCAGGUCCCGCGGAUGGUCAAGGUCGAGCUGAAGGGUAAGCUACCGCCGGGCGUGACGGGGAAAGACGUGAUCGUGGCUUUGUGCGGGUCGUUUAACAAAGACGAGGUGCUGAACGGCGCGAUCGAGUUCUGUGGCGAGGGCGUCACGUCGCUGAGCGUAGAUGAGAGGCUUACUAUAGCGAAUAUGACAACGGAGUGGGGCGCGCUGGUAGGGUUCUUUGGGGUGGAUGAGAGAUUGGUUGGGUGGUAUGAGGAGAUGGUGAACAAGAUGGAACGGAGGACGUUCUCGAGUGGGCUCGACGAUCUGGCUAUCCCACCGCCGCCUGAACACCCAAGAAUUAACAGGACUCGGCUAGAGGCUCUUCGCGCAUCGCGACUGGCUUCAGACCCCGAUGCUUCGUACGCUGUCCACCUGGUGUUCGACUUGUCAACUCUCGUCCCGCACGUCUCUGGCCCGAAUAGCGUCAAGAUAUCUACCCCUCUACCCGUCUUGGAAGAAUCACACAUCAAAAUCAACAAGGCAUACCUGGUUAGCUGCACCAACUCCCGUGUCUCAGACAUCGCGGCCGCCGCGUCGGUGAUGCACGGACAGAAAGUCGCGCCAGGCGUCGAGUUUUACAUCGCUGCGGCGAGUUCGGUGGUCCAGGAAGAGGCGGAGAAGCUGGGAUAUUGGGAUACGCUGGUCUCGGCAGGUGCUAAGGUGCUGCCUGCUGGGUGUGGGCCGUGUAUCGGGUUGGGGACUGGGUUGCUGGAAGAAGGGGAAGUAGGAAUCAGUGCGACAAAUAGAAAUUACAAGGGGAGGAUGGGGCACCCAAAGGCCCAGGCCUACCUCGCCAGUCCAGCAGUUGUAGCGGCCAGCGCGGUGAAAGGGUAUAUCUGCGGCCCAGCGAUUCCCGACCCAGCGUCCAUGCCGCCGGUGAAAGCACCAACAUUCUCGAUUUCCUCCGCCAAAAAUGCUGGGCCAUCCACGGAUGCGCAGAGCGUCGAACCUCUACUUCCGGAAUUCCCAAAGUCAUUCGCGGGCCCGCUGCUCUUCGCGCCGCAGGAUAACCUCAACACGGAUGGGAUCUAUCCAGGGAAGUAUACGUAUCAGGACGAUAUCACGCUGGAGAAACAGGCGGAGGUCGUGAUGGAGAACUACGAUCCCGGGUUCGCCUCGCUGGUGAAGGGACUGGGCGUCCCCCGCGCGAAGGGAAAGGGCGUUGUCCUCGUGUCGGGGUACAACUUCGGCACGGGGUCGUCGAGGGAGCAGGCUGCGACGGCCCUGAAAUCGGCGGGGAUUCCUGUGGUUAUUGGGGGAUCGUUCGGUGAUAUUUUCAAGCGAAAUGCAAUUAACAACGGAUUGGUCUGUCUGGAAUCACCGGAGCUGGUGAGUGACCUUACGGAACGGUUCGCUAAGGAUGGUCAGCGCGGGGCGGGGGGACUCAAGGGGGAGCUGACGGUGAAUGAGGAUAUAAAAGUGGAUAUUAGUAUGGAUACUGGUGAGACGGUUGUUAGAUACGGGAAUGACGAGGAGAAGGUAUAUCGUUUGCGCCCCGUUGGUCCGAGUGUGCAGGAGUUGUGGGUAUGUGGCGGCUUAGAAGGAUAUGUGCUCAAGGAGAUCCAAGCCAGCGAACAGGAUCAGCCAUAA